UUGUACGGAGCUCUAAAAAUGUAUUCUACUCUGUUGCAGAUCAUCAUUCUCUCUGUCGUGGCCUGGGCUAGCUGCGCCAAGCUAGACCGGACCUACCUCCCCCCCAACGCUCAGUCCUCAUCUGGAUCCAACUUCCUCCAAGCCCCUGAUAGCCGCGGCAUUGGACAAGGAAACGGUUUCAACGGAAACGGGUUCAACCAGAACGGAAACGGGUUCAACCAGGACGGAAACAACUACAACCAGAAUGGAAACGACUUCAACCAGAUCGGAAACGACUUCAAUCAGAACGGAUUCAACGGAAACGGCUUCGACCGCCCUGAAAGACCUCAAGCCGCUUUCGAAAAGAACGCCGCCAUCCUUCGUCAGGAUACCCAGAAUGAUGGAGAGACUUAUUCUUACGCUUAUGAAACUGAUAACGGCAUUUAUGCUGAGGAGAGCGGUGUGGCUACGAACGGAGUUGAGGCUCAAGGCAGCUACUCUUACACUGGUGAUGAUGGACAGGUGUACACUGUGAGGUACACAGCUGACCAGAACGGAUUCGUGCCAGUUGGUGACCACCUCCCCACCCCUCCCCCCGUCCCGGAAGAGAUUCUGAAGGCUUUGGAGCAGAACGCUCGUGAUGAGGCUGCUGGCAUCUAUGAUGAUGGCUCUUACAGCGAAGGCAAAUACGACGCCGACCACAACCAAUACAACGGUAACUUCAACACUGGUAACAAUGGAAACGGUCACAACUUCAAUAACGGUAACAGCUUCACCGGUAACUACAACACUAUUAACAGCGAUGGCAACGAUGAAGACACCGUCGUCACCAACGCCGCCUUCAGAUCUGGCUCGCGGGGCUUCGCUGGGGCCACCAAGGCUUACCUCCCCCCAGUCCAGGGCUCCGGUGCCCGAUCCAGACGACCAAACUUCAACGCGAGGGACGGAUACAAUUAUUAG